AUGGGUUCAAUUCUUGAUGUUAUCCAAGCAAAUAAUACAAGGUGGAAUAGCAAUUUGUAUUGCUUUGAACAUUUAAUUUAUUUAAAAAAUGCAAUUAAAACACUCAUGACAACAUUAUCAAAUGAAUCAAAUUAUGCUAAUGUAAGGCAAGAAGGUGCACAUUUAUCAGAAUUAUAUCUGGAUGCAUAUGAGUGGGAAUUAAUCUCACAAUUGGAUUCAGAAAUGAGGUGGUCUUCACCUAACAAUGCUCUUGUUUUUGCAUCAUUUUUUGAUUUAAGAUUCAAAAAUUUGAAUAGUUAUCAAAGAUGGGAAGCCAUUAGUAAAAAGGAUAUCUAUAUUAAUUUGGGUGAAACACUAGGAAUGUCUAGAGCAAGAGAUCCUCUUUAUGUUGAUGAGAGGAAUAAAUGGUACAAUACACAAGCCAAGAAAUGGUUUUAUAGAGUUUUUGCAAAGUGGGAGUGCACGAAAUGUAAUCGAAAUUGGACAAGCGGAUAUACCUGGAUUUCGCUGGCUUUGUAUUCGAGUGGCGCGGCCCCAAGUCAACUCAAGAAUAAAAAAGUGCGAUCAUAUCAAGCUUGUAAAGCAUGUAAUAGAAUAAAUCCAAAUAGACAUGAUGCAAAAAUUGUAUACUAUAAAGCAUUAGAAAAAAAAACCGGUCCAAAAACACAAAAACGUCAUGAGCACAAAUUAUGUUCAAAAUGUACAACAAAAAGCUGUUUAUCUAUACGUAAUAUUUCAAGAUUAACAAGAUAUUAUGCCAGUGAUUCCUCAAAAAAUGAACCAAAUAACACGUCACAAACACCACCACGCUCAAGGAGAGCUUUAUUUUACGUUCCUGGAGGUGAAGAACGCAAGAUCAAAUCAAGUUUAAAGUUGAAUGCUGAUAGUAUUGUAUAUGAUCUUGAGGAUGGUGUAGCAUUCAAUAGAAAAGGUGAUGCAAGGGAAAUGGUUUUCAAUACUCUAGAGGCUUCGGAAAAAGGAAGUUCAGAAAAGGCUGUUAGAAUAAAUGCUGUUGGAUCAGGGCUUGAAUUAGAAGAUCUUAAUGUCGUGCUUCGCUCAAAACGUCUUGAAGGAAUUGUCAUACCAAAGGUUAGAUCAGCAAAAGAUGUCCAAUUUGUUAGUAGGAUGAUAGAUUCAAUAGCUCCUGAUAACACCCGAUCUAAUAUUCGUUUACUUGCAUCGAUAGAGAGUGCAAUGGGAAUUAUGAAUAUUAAAGAAAUUUUUGCAGCUGAAGAUUAUUGUGCUGAUCUAGGAAUGAUUAGGACACCAUCUUGUAAAGAGUUAUUGUUAGCACGUCAAGCAAUAGUAGUAGCUGCAAGUGCAUAUGGUUUACAGGCCAUAGAUAUGGUUUGUCUCGAUUUUAGAAAUAAUGAAAUUUUAAUGAAAGAAUGUAGAGAGGGUCGUGAAAUGGGAUUUGUUGGAAAACAAGCAAUCCAUCCAAAUCAAAUUGACAUUAUACAAAAAACAUUUUUACCGGAUGAAAAAGGCAAAGCCGCCAGAAUUAUUCAUAAAUAUGGGAUUUAUUCCAAAAAAGGAAUUGGAGCAUUUGAUUUAGAUGGAAAAGUGAUUGAUCUUCCGGUUGUUAAAUGGGCUGAACGUUUAAUUACUAGAGCUAAAUCUGCAGGAAUUAAAAUUCCAGAGAUUAAGAGUGAAAGUCAAGCUUAA